GGCGGCGGCGCCAUGGAGGGCGAGAACACGUCGGCGGUGCUCUCGGGCUUUGUGCUCGGCGCGCUCGCCUUCCAGCACCUCAACACGGACUCGGACACGGAAGGUUUUCUUCUUGGGGAAUUGAAAGGUGAAACCAAGAAUCGCAUUACAGAUGCCCAAAUGGAUGAUGUUAAAGUUCUUUAUACAGUUGACAUUCAGAAAUAUAUUCCAUGCUAUCAGCUUUUUAGCUUUUAUAAUUCUUCAGGUGAAGUAAAUAAGGAAGCACUAAAGAAAAUAUUUUCAAGUGUCAAAAAGAGUGUGGUAGGUUGGUACAAAUUCCGUCGUCAUUCAGAUCAGAUCAUGACAUUUAGAGAGAGGCUGAUUCACAAAAACUUACAGAACCAUUUUUCACGUCAAGAACUUUUUUUUCUGCUGUUAACACCAAGUAUAAUAACAGAAAGCUGCUCUACUCAUCGGCUGGAACAUGCCUUAUAUAGACCUCAGAAAGGACUUUUUCAUAGGGUACCAUUAGUGGUUGCCAAUCUGGGCAUGUCUGAACAGCUGGGUUAUAAAACUGCAUCAGGUUCCUGUACGUCCACUGGUUUUAGCCGAGCAGUAGAAACACACAGCUCUGAAUUUUUUGAAGAAGAUGGAUCUUUAAAGGAGGUACAUAAGAUAAAUGAAAUGUAUGCUUCAUUACAAGAGGAAUUAAAGAGUACAUGCGAAAAAGUGGAACACAGUGAAGAAGCAGUAGAGAAACUACUACAGGAUAUAAACCGAUUAAAAGAAGAAAUUAAAAAAAGGAAACAAGCACGGACUCAAGCAGAACGAGAGAAGAAUGCCCCAAAAGACCCUCAGGAGAACACUUUUCUUUGUCAAGCUUUACGGACGUUUUUUCCGGAUUGUGAAUUUCUUCGUUCAUGUGUUAUGUCUUUGAAAAACAGGUGUAUUUCUAAAAGUAGCUGCAACAGCAGCCACCAUCUUGAGGUGGUAGACAACCUGACCUUAAUGGUAGAAUACACUGACGUUCCUGAAGCUAGUCCAGCUAGUACACCACAAAUGAUUAAGCGUAAAUCUUUAGAAAAGACAGGCGAUGGAUGGCAAUUCAAGAAAUCACGGCUGUCGGAGACACAAAACAAACCAUCUAAAACAGGUACUGAUAGUAGUAACCAAGAAAAAACAUCCACAAUAAGCAGCCCAGAAACAGAUGAAGAGAUUGAGACAAUGCAGGGUUCAGGUGAAUAUUCACAGUCUCCUACAUUUUGAUCCUUUUAACCCAAAAGGAGAUUUCUGAUUUGGCUGAAGGAUAAAGUCAAACGUUUCUAUCAUUUUUGCUAUGUUCAGCUACUUGCAGUAAUACAUAAAUAUAUUCAGAUAUAUUCAUUUGUUUUUACUAUAUUCAGCUAUUUUUAGUAAUACAU